AUGAUCAUGGAAGACAUGAAGAAUGAAGCCGACUCUGCCUCAGUAGUUUCUAUGGCUGUCUACACUGUUAUGUAUCCCGUCUUUAGCCAGCUGGAGAAAGUCAACUUAUCAGCAGCGCAGACCUUGAGAGCAGCUAUUAUAAAGGCGGAGAAGGAGAGCCCAGGUCUGACCCAGGACAUUAUUAUGAAAAUACUGGAGAAGAAGAACAUAAAAAUCGACUAUAAUGAGUCUCUACUCCGCAUGGCUGCGGACGAUGUGGAAGAGUUCAUGAUUGACAGGCGAGAGCCAGAGUUUCACGAGCUGAACGAGAGGGCCCGAGCUCUGAAACACAUCCUCAGCACCAUACCAGAUGAGAUCAAUGACAGAGUAGGCUUCCUGCAGACCAUCAAAGACAUCGCCAGCGCCAUCAAGGAGCUGCUGGACACGGUUAAUACUGUCUUCAGGAAAUAUCACCAUCAGAAUAGACGGGCACUGGAACAGCAGAAGAAAGAGUUUGUGAAAUACUCCAAGAGCUUCAGCGUGACGCUCAAAACCUACUUCAGAGAUGGAAAAGUGAUGAACGUGUUCGUCAGCGCCAACCGGCUCACCCACCAAACCAACAUGAUACUGCAGGCCUUCAAGACUGUGGUGUAGCAGUCCGAGAAGACACACACACACACACACACACACACACACACACACUUUCAUUAGAGAACAGGUGAUAUGAGGCUUUGUAAUUUGUAAAGAGGCAGACAUUUUAUUAUUUUGGGCUGUAUAAUUUAUAAUUCUGUGCUUUGAGGGGAGAUCAGGUAGUUUGAGGUUCAAAGCAGAUCAGGUUGACAGUAAUUGUCGGGGAUUUUUAACUCUCUUUUAUGUUGUUCUUUUAUCAGAUUCUUAAGUCGAUAUCUCUUUGUUCCUUUAUAUAUUUCCCUCUCUGUUCAGUGCUGAGCAGUUCUGAAGAAGUUUAGGAAAAAUGUGAUUUGUUUCCCAUGUCCUUAAAAGUUUGGUGAUUUGCACAAGUCUUAAAAAAAAGUAGCGUUCAGUUUUCAAACACAUUCCCACAUCUUUGCACUUUUACUCUUAUUUUAUCGUCAUUCUUCUUGUGUUUAUUGUAAAACAUAAUCUUGAUCUAUACGGUGGUAUCAUGUACUAAUAUCCUGCCACUAUCAGCUUACAUCACAUUCAAAUAAUUAAACCUGAAAGAAAGCUGCACCCAGAGUGCACUGCUUCACCCAGAGUGCACUGCUUCACCCACCCAGAGUGCACUGCUUCAGCCCACACCCAGAGUGCACUGCGUCACCCACACCCAGAGUGCACUGCGUCACCACACCAGAGUGCACUGCUUCACCCACACCCAGAGUGCACUGCUUCACCCACACCCAGAGUGCACUGCGUCACCCAGAGUGCACUGCGUCACCCACUGCGUCACCCAGAGUGCACUGCGUCACCCAGAGUGCACUGCUUCAUAAACACAACCUGUCUUUUACUUCAGUUACAGAAUUAUUUGUCUACAUUUACUGUCUGCUACCUUUUUAUGAUAGACGAUCAGAGAUGUUGAGAUAAUGACCUCAGCGAAAGCUUGUUUGGGGCGAGUAUCUGUACCGGGGGGGGGGGUGUGUGUGUGUGUGUGUGGACCCUGUCAGUAUUUGUGCUGCAUGUCAGCGCUUUAUUUUUGAAACAAUAUCUAGUUGUGACAUGAGGCGUGAGCUGUGGGAUGUUUCCCUCUCUGAUUGUUUCAUUUAAAGUUAUUAACUGCUUCGCAAGAAAAAAGAAAAUGUUUUUAUUUGCUUUGGUUUCAUCCUGUAAUUGUUUUAUAUAAAGUGAAACUCUUUGAUC